AUUUCGUUGUGCAAAGACAUUUGACAUUUGUUAUAGUCUAUUGUCAAAAAAAUCAUUGUUUUGGUUGUCAUAGCAACGCUCAACAGCAAAAAUCAAAAUAAUUGAUUUUAUUAGAAAAAAGUACUUAUACUGUAGCGUACUGUUAUGAUAAUUUAGUCCCUGUAAUAAAACUGAAUAACACACCAUGGCAGAUGAUGAAGAUGAUAUUGAGGAGGAGACUGAAAUCCGCGCAGUGUCCGAAGAGGUACAAGAGACAAUAAGUCCAACUAUAGAAAAAGCUUUAGCGCCGCCUAAAUAUGAAGUACGACCAGGUCUUGGGGAAAAAUUCCAAGCGGCCAACGUGAAGGAAAUAAUACUGAAUACAAUGCAGGAACAACUGAUGGGUCGUCAAUACAGGUCGGACCAGGCCGCGAGAUGGGCCAAGUUCAUAGCCAAUGGCAUACGACAGAGAGUACAAGAACUCGAUAUGAAGAGAUACAAGAUCGUGGUACAAUCGACAAUAAUAGAAAUGAAGGGAGCCGGUGUGAAGUGUGGCCAGAGAUGUAUUUGGGACCCCGAGACCGACGACUACACGGACGCCACUUACAGGAACGAGACCAUAUUCUGUUACACUACUGUCUAUGGUAUUUAUAUGUACUGAAAUGUAUUUGUAAAGGUUUUGGAGUGGUAUUGAAAUGGGGCAGGGGUUAAUUAGUUUUUUAAAUAGCACAUUGCACUAUACUUUUCUAGAAGAAAGACGAACGUGUUUGAAGUUAAUUUAGGUAAUGUUACUGCGUUUCGUCUGUAUCCUUAGUACAAGUUUGCUGUAAUCGAAACGAGAGUGCGUUCGCCGCUCUGAUUGGCCGGAUCAAAUAAGCCAAUCAAUCAAAGCGCCGAAUGCGUAAUUGUUUCGAUUAUUUUAAGCGUGAAGCUAACGGUACUGGCAAGUGAUAGGUUCCUGAUGCCGCAUAAUUUUUCUAGUACAAUUUUACUAGCGUCGUUUUAAUAUAAUCUUAAAGUAAUGUCGUAAAGGAGAGUUUGGACAGUAUAUAAAGGGAAAAUUUUGCUGUCCCAGUUCAAAUUAUAUUUAGCAAAAUUUUCUCACUGAGUAGUCUUGUUUUUAACUAGUUUUUUAAUUUAGGUACAAUCGGUAAAGUUGGCGGUCAACCAUGACAUUACACAUUAGACGAUAUUUGAACGCACUCGGUGCGAGCGACCACAGGGAAAGCGCCCGGUGGAUAGCGAGUUUGCCACGGAAUAAUGUUUAAAAUAUGUAAUGGCAUAAAUUUUGCCGAUAGUACGCGGGACCUCAUAGUCUUUUAACUAACUGAACUUACUAUAAUCUAUAUGUGCACUUUCACUGCCUACACUCUUCUGAGCAAUAUGAGGCAUAAUUCUUAUUUUAUUUGAUAUUAGGUCGUUGUUACUUAGUACCUAUUUAGCUUUGUUUUAGUAAUUACUUAUCUACCUACUAUUAAUAUUUAACCGAGCAGUGCCUUUAAGUAAAUGGAAUGAAUUGUAGCUCAAUAUGUUUAUUUAUGUAAGAGGUUUGCACUUUACAUAAUGAAUUAACUGUUUUUUAUAAACUAA